UUUAUUGUUUCUCUUCUUACACUCACUUCUAUCGUCUCAAAAUUCCUAAACCAUCCUGACUUUGCCAUCACCCAAUACCAUCGACCUUCCACCUUCCGGCAGCGUUUCCCGGCAACCCGGCACCGUCAUUCCUUCUUUCUCCAUCGUUUAGUUCUGGUGAUUAAUACAGGAUAAUUACCUGAUAGGUUAGUGUUGACUGUUGAUUCAUGAUUUCACAUGUGGGUUGUUUCUGCCAUUCCAUGAUUUUUUAGUUCACUGUGAAGAUAAAUAAAUGCCAGACUGCUAGUAAAUUGAUCUUAAACCCCAUAUUUAUGGUGACUAUUGGUAAGUGGUAACAACCAACAAGUCUCUUGCUUUUGGUUAUGGUUCUGGAUCUAGGGUGGAUAUCAUAGUGCAUGACCUUGGGGAUUGUGUUUUAGUUCCAUGCCUUUAAGAUUACCAUUACUGUAUUACAUACCUUGUUUAUAGACAUUCAAUAUUAUUUUGGCACUGGCUGGACCAUGAAGCAAUGAGUGGCAACAACUCUAGCUUGGCUGCAAUGUUUUUCAAUGAGAAGCGAUCAUUGAAGUAUACACCUGUAGCAGCAUGUGGUCAGGCAUUAAUUAAGCAAGAAAAACUAUAAAAAUGCUGUCUACUAGUGCUGCUGCUCAGCUUUCGAGUUUCUGGUACCGCAUUCCCAACCAUCUUAGCGUCCAUCAUCACGCCCAACAAAAGAGAAAACUCACCACUAUAUCGCUUGCCAAUGCAGAUAGCCAAAUCCCUCUCAGAAACUUCUAUGGUCUAAGUCUUGCACACAGUUCCAGCAAAGGGUUAGAAAGCAAUUACAGGUCUAGAUACAAUUCCAACUCAAAUCAAAACCACAAACACCUAUUCAUUCUUCAAUUCUUCUCACAUGCUGACUCAGAAGAUACCAGUAAUAAAAAACCAGAAACCAGAAACCACAGUCAACAUCAAGUAGACAAACAAAGUGCAUUCAAGGAAAACGACAAAAACAGGGUACUUUUCACUAAGAUGUGGUGGGUAGAUAUGAAAGCAGCAUUUGGCCAAAGAAUCAACUUGGAGGGCAUUGUAUGUUCAACUAUGGUGAUCUUAAAAGACCCAAAAUUGGCAGUGCCCCAUAUUUCAGUUCCUGAUAUAAGAUACAUUGACUGGGCAGCUCUGCGUAGAAAGGGAUUUAAGGGGGUUGUCUUUGACAAAGAUAAUACUAUUACAGCACCCUACUCUUUAACGCCCUGGCCUCUGCUUGAGUCUGCAUUGGAAUGUUGUAAAUCAGAGUUUGGUCCAGAUAUUGCUGUAUUUAGUAACUCAGCUGGACUUCGCGAGUACGACCAUGAUGGUUCAAAAGCUAGGAAUCUUGAGAAAACACUGGGAAUUAAAGUCAUCAGACACAGAGUGAAGAAGCCAGGUGGCACAGCUGAAGAAGUUGAAAAGCAUUUUGGCUGUGAAUCAUCACAAUUAAUCAUGGUGGGUGAUCGGCCCUUCACUGACAUUGUUUAUGGCAAUCGAAAUGGGUUUCUAACUAUUUUGACCGAGCCAUUGAGUCUUGCAGAGGAGCCAUUUAUUGUUAAGCAGGUGAGGAAGCUAGAAACUACAUUUGUAAAUUACUGGUCUAGAAGAGGGUUGAAGCCACUUGAACAGAAGUUAUUGCCAGAUCCAAUACAUUGUGUCAAAGAGCCACGUCCUUGAUAGACUUGUCUCCAAGACACACUAAUUUUGUGGGUCAUUAGAAUACUGCCAUUUUGUAAUGCAUACAAGUUAAUUUUUAUUAAAUUAUUUAGGUUUAUUUUUUAUCAAACUGGAAAUUUACCCCCACCCCCAA